UUCAGGAUGUGUCCUCUUGAGGGGUCGCAUGCAUCGAGGCGUAGUCGCCAGUUCCAAAAGUGGUUGGCGGCCCUAACUUCGACCGCGAUGGCAUUGCCCGCACAUCUACAGCUAGCUCCUACACCCCAGGAGCUAGAAUAUAUUACUGGAGAGAUGCUUGUAUUUAUACAACCCCUCUUUAGAAUGGAAAGAGUUCGCUUGGUCUCUGUUAGUGCGUCUAUAAUUCACAAGAACAAACUUCAUAUAAUAGCUCAUAUGCAAAUAAAGGGUGUCUACGGCCCUUUCAGACCACCAGCAAAAACAAAAGUUCCACUUUGGUUGGCACAAUCGCUAAAGCUGAAGCGGAAAUGUAGGAUUGUUCCUCCUGAUUGGGUGACAAGGAGACCACCCAGCCCGGCCUCUCGAGAAUGCCUUUCCGCUAUGCGGAAGUGGCAAAGGUUCUACUCGACAUCACCGGAUGAUAUCAUGGAACCAGACCGCGUCAGAAUAUUGCUAAAGGAUCUACGCGAAGCUAGGCAAGCAAAGUGUCGGGAACUACUGAAGGGAUUGGACGAGUCUCAUCUAUCAGUGAGCACAAUUUGGCACCACGAGGACCCUGGUCUAAUAUAG